AUGGCAUUUGGGGGUUAUAAGAAGCUCCCUAGUAGAGAGGAUGGCUCUUCAUCGAGUGAUAAAUUUGAAAUUUUAGAGGAAAAUCCAUUCUAUACCUUAAAUGGAAAAGAUAAUAAUGGCAGCCGAGAUGAAACUCUAAUUGCUGAGGAACAUGACAAGAGGCAAAAUGAUGGCAAUAAUGGUAAUGGAAACAAUGGAAAUGGGAAUAACGAUAAUCAAAAUGGUGGUGUAGGCAACAAUGGAAACAAUGCCAUCCCUAAGUUCAUAGGAAAUGAAACUGAUUUUGUAGAACAACAUGUAAUAAAUGUAAAAAAUACCAUUGAAGAAUUUGAAGUCCUUUAUGAAGAUGUUUAUAUGAAUUUGUUUGUUCAGUCUCUUACAAAGGAUGCAGGAGAAUGGUACAGAAAUAUUUGUAACAGCAAGACUCACUGUGAGAUUCUAUCUCAUAAUCCUACCACCUUGCAACAAGCAUUUAAGAAAACCACUACCUUUCAAAAUAACAGAAUGGUUGCUGGGAGAAUUGGCAAGAGAGAUGAUCCAGAAUUAUAUAAUCCCAGAGCAACAAAAGGGGAUGAGUUUAGCCAAAUCAUGGACAUGCUGAAAGAUAUGAAGUGUAAGCAAAAUCACAAUAAGAAGCCACCCCCAUAUAGAAGCAACAAGCCAAUGAAUUACAAUAGGCCAAGAUUGGAUGAACAAUGUAUGAUUUCUCAUGGUUUUGUAGAGGAAAAGGACCAUGAGGAGGAGUAUGGGCCCACAGUGAAUGUACUUUCAUCAGAUCCAUUUUGGGGUAGGGAUGAGGAUUCAUCCAAGGAUGAGCAGUCAUCAGAGAUGGAAGAAGAAUAUGCAAAGAUGGAUAUUGUAUACAAUGGGUGGAAUUUGGCCAUACAUAAGGAUGAGAAAGGGAAGUUGAAAAAUGAGUAUAGACCCCCAUUUGGCAUAACCAUUUUCAGACAGUAUCUGCAAUAUACAUACAUGGCAUGCAGUCAAGUGGGAGGAGUUGAGGUUCCUGAUGUGACUCGAGUAGGAGCUUUAGUACUUACUGCAAAUACACAAAUGCAUGAACCAAGAAACAAGGAGUCUAAACAAGCCAUGCAAAUUUUUCAAGAUUUGAAUCAGAAAUUGGAAGAAAAAAGUCAGAGACUGCAUGAGAUGGAGGAAGAAGAAAAAUUUGAAAGUGAAUUAGGUGAAAAUGAGGCUAUCUCAAGGUUUAAAAUGCCUGAUAAGGAAGAGGAACCUGAAGCACAAGACCAAAUUGUUGCAAGGAUGAAUGUUGAUUUGGAUGUUAGGCUAGAAGAGCAUACAUCUUUUGUGUUGAAUGAUUAA